CAUGCAAAUUUCCCAAACAUCAUGCUUCUUCCGUUCAGCUCGGCCGCGGAAACCCUAAUCAAAUUGCAUAAUGCGAUCCAAGGUUGGUUACUCCUUCGUCACCUUCUCACUCCACUCACGGUGUGCACAAACUUCUAUCUCGCCGCUCCGGCGGCGUUGGGCAAACAUUUCAUUUUUGUUCAUGAUGACUCGUAAUAAUUACGAAAAAUAUUCACCCAAUACUAAACGUCGUAAUCUUUUCUAUAGUUUUUACCAACACCUUGGAUUUGUCCAUCUACAUAUUUUACAACAUUUUCUAUCCUUGAUAGCUUUAAAUCGUAAUAGUUUCAUCACAAAUAUCUCCGUAGUGAUCUAAUGUUCCUCCUCCAAACUUCCCUUAAAAGUGCCUUUUCAUCCUCUCACCCAUCCAAUCUCAACUUCUCCAAAUUCUUCUCAAGAUAUGUCCCUUUGUUUUUCCAUUCAAAUAAACCCGCCCGAAGUUCUCACCGCAAAUAUUCUCCACAUGCAAAAUUCCAUUAUUUUGCCACCCCGAAUCCACAACAUGUUAAUUCCCAACCAUGCCUUCUUCCCCGAGUUAUCCAAACGUCUUUUGCCAACUACUCUCAAGCACUAUCAGCUCAGAGCGAAAAACUUGAACUUGAAGAAGCCCUCAACUUUUCCAACAACACCGAGGAGCUUAUGGCUGCCUUCAAAGCAUUGGAAGCCUCUCUUAGUGAAAAUGAUGCUCAGCUAGGCUUGCUUUGUCUGAAAAUGGGAGGGAUUUUGCUCUCGAAAGCCUCUAAUGAGCUAGAGAAGGCCCUGAGCUUCGCCAUUAGGUCCUUGGAGAUAUUGGGGAGAAACAAUGGGGGAGAAUCUCUGCCAUUGGUGAAAGCAUUGCGCCUUGUUGGCUCAAUAAGCUGCAAGAUGAAGAGAUUUGAUGAGAGCUUGGAGUCCUUGGAAACUGCUUCUCAAAUUCUGGACAGCUUGGAAGAAGAUGGAUUUAGUGACAAAGAGUUUGAUUCUGAGAAAAUUUUCGUUCAGCUUGAGCUUGCAAACACAAAGAAUGCAAUGGGUCGGAGGUGGGAGGCUUUGAUUAAUCUCCAAAGGUCCUUACAGAUGCGCAUGUUGAUUCUAGAGCCUAAUAGUCUGGAGUUAGCUUCAGCCUGUAAAGAUGUGGCUGAGGCGUAUGCUGGUGUUUUGCAGUUUGGUGAGGCACGGCCAUUGUGCUCUAAGGCUUUGGAGAUCUUUGAGGCAAAAAUAGGCAAUAAUUGUGAGGAAGUAUUUAAGGUUAGGCAGCUUCUCGGGGUCAUUCAUGUUGGGCUUGAAGAAAAUGAAGAAGCUUUGGUGCAGAACGAGCUGUGCCAGCAGAUAUUGUUGAGUUUGAAUCUGGAUGCUGAGCUUCCAGAAAUGGAGAUUGAAGCGGCGAACAUAAAGAUUAACCUUGGUAGAUUAGGUGAGGCAAUGAGUACUCUCAAGGGGGUGAUUCAAAAGGCGAGGAAGGAGAGUGAAACCAGAGCUUUUGCCUUUGUAUCAAUGGCAAAAGCUUUGUUCUUUCAAGAGAGGUUUGGAGACUCAAAAGGGUGUUUGGAUAUGUCUUGUAAUAUCCUAACUAAGGCGGAUUCAAGACGAUCUGAAAAAGUUGCUGAGGCAUUCAUGGAGAUUUCUAUGUUGUAUGAGAUGAUGAAUGAAUUUGAGAUUUCUAUAUCUCUUAUGAAGAGGACCUUAACAUUGCUUGAAAAUAUUCCGCGAGAGCAAUACAUGAUGGGGAGCAUUUUGGCGAGGAUGGGUUGGUUGCUUCUCCUGACAGGCAAAGUUCAGGAUUCUGUACCAUCUUUGGAGAGGGCGAUAACGAAACUGAAGAAUAGCUUUGGGCCAAAGCAUUUUGGCUUGGGAUUUGCUUAUAAACAUUUAGGACAGGCAUAUCUGGAGAUGGAGAAGGCUCAGUCAGCUAUACAGAUGCUUUUACUGGCUAAGAAUAUCUUCGAGGCCUCCUUUGGGCCUCACAAUGAGGAUUCCAUUGAUACUUGUCAGGGUAUUGCUAAUGCCUAUGGAGUUUUGGGAAGUUUUGGUCCAGCAAUGGAGUUCCAACAAGAAGUUAUAAAUAGAUGGGAAGCACAGGGGCCUGAUGCUAAAAAUGAGUUGAGAGAAGCGUGCCGGCUUCUUCAACAGCUGAAGAAGAAGGCUGAGGGUUCACCUUCAGCUGUAUUUCCCGCUAAUUGCUUGCCACAACACCUACAAAAGUGACCUUGUUAGUUCCGCGCAACAAAUCUUGACUUGAGAGGAAUUACUUCUCAUGACUCUGAAGCAUCCUGACACGAAUGAGGAGCAAGAGAUCUUCAUCCGUGAGGAUUUGUUGAGUCUGUGGCUAAUGCUGCCACCCAUAAUCACUGCUUGUCGCUGUCGUUGCAUCUGCUGCCGUCUCUGGUCGCCGCCGCCGUCGCUCAUCUCCAUUGCCCAAUUUCCUGUGCUUUCAGGCUUUACAUUAAUUUCAUU